AUGAUUUAUUUGGGACUCCCUUCUUGGUUGGAUUUUUCGCAGCGCAGAGCAGACAGCGUCGGUGAGGAUAGGACAUGGGAGGCUGGUAACUUCCCAAGUUCUCCCCCUGACUCUUCGCCUCCUGAUCAUAAUGACGAAACGCAAAGGAAUGAACGCUGUCCGUAUCACGAUAAAGAUCUUACCUACAUACAUGCACAGGCACCUUCCGACUGCAUACAUCCCCAGUUUGAAACUGGUGGCGGUCAGCUCCUCCAGAACAUCACCAAAAAAGGAAAAAAAGAAAAAAAGGCCUGCACGAUGACAAUCGGGUCAGCCAGCGGUGAUAAGAAAAAUAAAAAGUUGGCCGUAUUCCUCUCAAUCCCAUCUUCCGACCCACGCCGGAUUUACAAGGGUUGGUAG